UCCAAACCGAAGCAAAUCCUGUCGUGGAAAUACCAAAAGGAUGGUGACGUGAUCCGAUCCCCAUCCAUCCAUGUCCAUGCCAAUGGUGGAGUGGUUAGUUAGCUCACACACCUCAUCCAUCACACGAGUGUAGCAAGCAGCGAAUGACGGGAGAUUCGUCCAUGGCCGGCCAUAGCUUUCCAUACAUACAUGUCACUAAUCGGCCAUAACUCCCUGCUGCUUCUGACACACUGUCACCGGAAGUGGGAUCCUGGAUAGGAUUUAUUAGUUUUGCAGAGGGUAGAUGACGCUCUAAAUACGCCUACCCACCGCCCCCAAUCAUACGACGCCAGGGAGGCAGGGAUAGGAGAGGAUGUAAAUGCCGUCGUCGUCUCCCAGAUCACAGCUCGAGACUGCAGCGAGGAGCAGCGGCGGCCAUGUCGUCCUCCGCGGUGCUGCGCGGCCCGGCGAGGGGCGAGGCGUGGUUCUGCACCACGGGGCUGCCGAGCGACGUCGUGUUCGAGGUGCAGGACAUGAGCUUCCAUCUCCACAAGUUCCCGCUCAUGUCCAAGAGCCGGAAGAUACACCGCAUGCUCACUGAGCAGGGGGAAGAGCCGCGUCCGGCGCGCCAGCGCCGGCGGAGGAGCUCCGGAGGCAAUGCCGGCGACGUCGCUGCUGCUACGGAAACAGAGAUAGAAGAAGCAGAGGAGGGGGAGGAAGAGGAGGAUGGGGACGAGCAGGAGGAGGAGGAGGAGGAGCAGGUCAGGAUGGAGGACGGGAAGUCGUAUCGCAUCACCUUCCCGGACUUCCCUGGCGGCGCGGGCACUUUCGAGACGGCGGCCAAAUUCUGCUACGGCGUCCGCGUCGAGUUCACCCCCUGGAACGUGGCGCCGCUGCGGUGCGCGGCGGAGUACCUGGAGAUGACGGAGGAGCACGCCGAGGACAACCUGGGCGCGCGCGCGGAGGCCUACCUGGCGCAGUCGGUGCUCCGGCAUCCCGGCGAGGCCACCAAGGCGCUCAAGUCCUGCGAGGAGCUCCUGCCGCACGCCGAGGAGCUCGGCAUCGUCGACCGCUGCGCGGACGCCAUCGCCGCGCGCUCGGCGUCGUCGUCGCGCGCCUGGUCCGACGACAUGGCCGUGCUCGGCCUGCACUCGUACAAGCGCGUCAUGGCGGCCAUGGCCAUGGCCGCGCGCGAGGACGGCGUGAGCAGGUCGGAGGCCAUGGAGCGCUGCCUCGUGUCGUACGCCAGGGGCACCCUCCCGGGGCUGUCGAGGUCCAUGCGGUGGCGCCUCGCGUCGGCGCCGGUGUCGUCGGAGGUGGAGCAGAGGGAGCUCCUGGAGGCGGUGGUGGCGAGCAUCCCCGCGGAGAAGUGCUCGGGGCGCGUGGUGACGGCCAGGUUCCUGUUCGCGCUGCUGCGGACGGCGCACAUCCUGCGGGCCUCGGACGCCGCGCGCGCGGCGCUGGAGCGGAAGGCGGCCACGCAACUGGAGCGGGCAACGGUGGAGGACGUGCUCAUCCCGAGCUACUCCGGCGCCGCCGAGACGCUCUACGACGUGGACUGCGUCGAGCGGGUUGUAAGGCACUUUUUGGCCGAGGAGGAGAUCGGCGAGGACGAGGCGGCGUCGGCUGCUGCGAUAACGGAAGAAGAGGCGCCGGCGGCGACGACGACGGCGGUGUCGCGGCCGUCAGCGGUGGCCAUGGUGCAGGUGGGCAAGCUGGUGGACAACUACCUCGCCGAGAUCGCGUCCGACGCCAACCUGAAGCCCGCCAAGUUCUGCGAGCUCGCGCUGGCUCUUCCCGACCAUGCCCGCAUCUACGACGACGGCGUCUACCGCGCCGUCGACAUCUACCUCAAGGCGCAUCCGCGGCUGGCGGCGGAGGAGCGGGACAGGGUGUGCGGCGUGGUGGACUGCAGGAAGCUGACGGUGGAGGCGUGCACGCACGCGGCGCAGAACGAGCGGCUGCCGCUGCGGGCGGUGCUGCAGGUGCUCUUCUUCGAGCAGCUGCAGCUGCGGCGCGCCAUCACGGGCACGCUGCUCGCGAUGCCCCCGCAGCAGCAGCAGCAGCAACAACGGCGGCGGCACUUGGCUGGCGGCCCUGCCACCAGCGAGACGUGGCGGGCGAGCGCGGUGCAGGAGAGCCAGGUGCUGCGGGUGGACAUGGACGGCGUGAGGCGGCGGGUGCAGGGCCUGGAGAGGGAGUGCUCGAGCAUGCGGAGGGCCAUCAAGAAGAUCGACGGCCGCAGCGGCGCCGGGUCGUCACCGGCAAGAAGCGCGGACGCCGAUGCCGAGGACGAGGGCGGCAGGCCGGCGAGCUGGAGGUCGCGGUACGGGUGCAAGUUCAGCACGCAGGUGUGCGACUCGCAGGCGCGCAACGUGGUGGCGGCCUCGAGGGCGUCCAGGAUGGGGAUGAGCCCAUGAGGCCGUGAGCGUGAGCGCGACAGCACAUCGGGGACCCAUGGCGGCCGCAACACCCUGUUUCGGCACUGCUGUGGCAUGGUCCGCAGCCGUCUGCCAUUUCGUUUGACAUGUUUCACGACCAAGAAAACAACCAACACACGAGAUGAAAAUGGUUGAGAGAUUCGGGUUUCAAAUUGUCACGACUCACCACGAAUAGCCAUGGAGUAGUAUAUGAAAUCACCGAGUUCGAGCGCCGUAAAAUCAACUCUCACCCCUUCUCAUCUCGUCUGUAUGUAUGGUCCAGCUGCACUUGAUACGUGUAACCUGAAGCGGCGUCACCACUGCCAUUUGUGAUUUUUGUCGACACUCAGGUGGUAGGGAUCCAUGUGUGCUGUCUCUUGCCUGUACAAUAUGCUUUGCCCGUUUACAGUUCGAGAUGCGUGUGUUUUGGCUGGGUGUAUGUUGCAGUAUUUCCCCUUGCAUGUAAAACUGCUUUCGGAGUACACGGUAGCACUGAAGAUUUGAGCUGA